CGACAACAUCUAAAACAUUAAUUGACAUAAUAAUGACUAAAGCAAGCGAUACCAAAAUUAUAGACUCUGGAGUGAUACAUUUAGGACUGAGUGAUCACAGUUUAGUGUACAUUUGCCGCAAAGUAGGAAUACCUAGGGCUGAACCAAAAAUUGUAGAAACAAGGCAGUUUAAAUACUUUAAUUCAUCUGCAUUUCAAUACGACUUAAAAAUGGCAUUUCAAAGACACAACAACCUCUAUAAUUAUGCCGACCCAAAUCAUGCGUGGGAGGCAUGGAAAACUAUUUUUCUUGAUAUUGCAAAUAUGCAUGCUCCACUUCGGAUUCGGAAAGUCAAAAGUGAGCACUGUCCUUGGAUGACAACCGAAAUAAAAAACCUGGCGCAUCAUAAAUUCUACUUGAAACAAAAAGCGGUCAAAUUUAACUCUUCUAAUUACCACGAAGCUUAUAAACGUUGUAGAAAUGAACUUAACAAAAGAAUCAAAGCAACUAAGGUUCAUUUUUACAACACUAAACUACAAAACAGUAAAAAUAGUAAAGAAGGUUGGAAUACAUUAAAUAAUCUGCUUAAUAGGAAAUCCAAAACCACAAUUGUUAAUGAACUUAGCGUAGACCAUGGAAAAAAUGUAACACAAGAUAAAGCCAUAGUCGACGAGUUUAUAAAUUCUUCACUUCUAUAGGUCCCAAAUUAGCAAAUAACAUUGCUGACAAUGGCUGUAGUCCUGAUCCUUUGUCAUAUAUAGACCAAGUCACAAAUGUAUUUCACUUUCAUAGCAUAUCAAGCUAUGAGCUGAAAAGAGAAAUACAAAAUAUGCAAAUGGCAAAAUCUACAGGUCUAGAUAAGAUCUCAACUAAGCUAAUAAAACAGGCAGGCGAUACAAUAACUGAAUCACUUCUAGAAGUGUUUAACCUAUCUCUUAGGACAGGAAUAUUUCCAGAUGAUUGGAAAUUUGCCAAAGUGACUCCAAUAUAUAAGUCAGAAAACAAAACCUUAUGUGAAAACUAUAGACCGAUAUCAGUCAUUUCGAAUAUCGCCAAAAUAUUUGAGAAAUUAGUCUGUAGACAACUAAAUACCUUCCUGGAUAACAACAACAUAAUUGUAAAAAAUCAAUCAGGUUUCCGUCGCAGUCACUCAACCGAAACCUCGUUACUACAAUCUACUGAAAUGUGGUUGAAAUCAAUGGACCAGGGUCAAAUAAAUGGGGUUAUUUUCUUAGACCUGAAAAAAGCAUUUGAUACGAUUGAUCACCAGAUUCUAUUGUCAAAACUACAAGCUUAUGGGAUACGCGACCACACGCUCAAAUGGUUCCAAUCGUAUUUAGAUCAAAGAAAGCAAAUUUGCAUGCUAAAGAACUGUAAAUCUGAUAUUGAAACAAUUCGUUGUGGAGUACCUCAGGGUUCAAAUCUUGGACCUCUAUUAUUUCUCAUUUACAUAAACGACCUUCCAAACUGCCUAGAAACAACACAUUCUAAUUUAUUUGCUGAUGACACAAUUUUAUCAUGUCAAGGGCAUUUAUCCAUAGAUAUUGAAUACAAACUUAACAAAGACCUAGUAAAUGCUCAAAAAUGGUUAUCAGCGAAUAAACUAACAUUAAACAACGAAAAAACCAAAUAUAUGAUUAUUGGAUCUCGGCAACGAUUGAAAAACUUAGAUCACGUGCCAAAAAUCAGUAUAAACGGACAUCAAAUUGAACGAGUUUAUAAAAAGGAAGCUUUGGGUAUAGUUAUAGACGAUAGACUUAGCUGGAAUAGGCAAAAUGAAGAACAAUGCAACAAGAUAUCAAAAAAUAUUAAUCUUUUAAGAAAAGCCAAAGAUUUUGUUGGCCUAG